CUCGGAUAUGACGCAGUUAUUCAGACUUAUCGGAAGUUCCAACCGUGUUAACAGAGCAACAGCGUCCGUCACACUUCAAAGAUAUUAAACUUGUGACACAUUGCUCUGUUUCACCAAAUGGCUUAUCCAGGCUACGGCGGGUAUGGGGGCCCAAUGCCAGGCAUGCCAGGUCAGGGGAUGCCGCCUCAAGGAAUGCCAGCAGGGCCCAUGGGAGGCCCCAUGCCCGUGCACAUGGGUGGGCCCAUGGGAGGCGCACCACCCCAAGGGGGAUAUGCCCACUUUGGAGGAGGCUAUCCAGGCACGUACGGCGCUGCACCCCUAGCUGCCAAUGAUCCCAUGUGGGGUUACUUCACAGCCAUAGCAGGCCAGGACGGCGAGGUCGAUGCCGAGGAGCUCCAGAAGUGUCUGACCCAGUCUGGUUUCACCGGCAGCUACACUCCGUUCAGCCUGGAGACUUGCAGGAUCAUGAUCGCGAUGCUCGAUAGGGACUUUACAGGCAAGAUGGGUUUCAACGAGUUCAAGGAGCUGUUCACGGCUCUGAACGGCUGGAAGCAGAACUUCAUGAUGUUCGACCAGGACAGGAGCGGCACUGUUGAAUCUCACGAGAUGAACCAGGCGAUCAACUCGAUGGGCUACCGCAUCAGCCCUCAGGCCCUGAAUGUCAUCAUCAAGCGCUACAACAAAGGAGGAAGGAUCUUCUUUGACGACUACGUGGCCUGCUGUGUCAAACUGCAAGCUCUCACAGAGAACUUCAGACGGAGAGAUACCAUGCACCAGGGAUCUGUCAACUUCCAGUAUGACGACUUCAUCCUCUGCACAAUGGCCAUCUAAGUGCUGCUGUGUGUCCCACACCACGAGGUCAGGGCGUCCAACGAACCAAUCGGUGGUGCUUCUGGACCGCUGCCUCAGAGGAAUGCAAAGGGAGGCCAGUAUAGUCGACUGAGUUGCCAUGAGCUGCGACAGGAAAGUACUCAUUGCUUGUAAUGCUUGCUGUAAUGCUUUAGUGUUGUAUGUCACACAGGAACGUGCUGAAGAUGUAUCAGGUGCACACACACACAUAUAUAUAUAUAUAUACAGACUGUGUAUUAACAUUAGAGGGGAAUGGAAUUGAUUUCAGAGGGGAUUAUUAUACAUUUCAGCGUUUUUAAAGCCCUUAUGUGGAGGACUUUCAAAAUAAAAGCCUCAGACAACAGCACAUUGGUGUUAAAAUAUUUUGAACUGUUCUGUACACAUAGGGGCUUUAAAGAAAGGGGGUUUGACAGUUUCAGUGGAUCAGUGUAGGAGUGAAUCUACCAACUAACUUCUAUGAAUUGGAAUAUUUUGCUUUGGGUCUCAAGUUUUGGAAUGAAACUGCAACGUGAACUGAUACUGAAAGGCUCAUCUGACCUGUGAGACACCUAUUGUGCCAUGAUAAUCUCUGAAUGUAUGGUCUAAUACAGUAUAUAAGAAUCAUUUAUAUAGAACUUUGUAGUAAUGGCAGCAUCAUGAUUAAAUGUUAGCACUUACAGAUGACAUGAUGUUGAUUUGACUUAUACACUGAACAGUUUUGCUAUCGCUAAUACAUUUUAACAUGUGCAUUUAUCUGUUGCAAUGAUAUUUUUUGUGCAGGAAACAAUGUACACUUCUGUUUUAUAAAACUUCAUUUGAGCCUAACUACAGUAGAUUCUAGGUGCAUAUUAAUGUGAUAACAAGCCAAAGUGACUGACAGCUGCCAUAAAUGAUACUGAGAUAUAAAAGCAUUACCGUGCAGCUGCAGGAUGUUCAUCAGCUUCAGAUCUUGCAGCUGGAAACUUUUUGCUCUCCAUGUUUCAGUUCAAACACAGCUGGUUUUUCACAUGUAAAACCUGCAGUGAAGUCACCUCUGCACAUACCUGAUGUUGUAGUAAAGAUCAUAUUUUGUUACUCAUAAUAAACACUUUUUAAUCUGUA